ACCACCAAAAUGUCUAGCACCAUCAACACCGCCGCCGGCAACAAGCCCCUCGACCCCUACACAGCCAAGUCCCACGAGGACCCCCCUCUGCCCCAGAAGGUCGAGGACCUCGUCACGUUCAUCAGUGACUCCAAGUUCGGCAUGCUCACCACCAAGUCCUCCGACGAUGAGCUCCUCACAUCCCGCUGCAUGGCGCUCGCCGGCAAGGAACACGGCGGCAUCGACCUGAUCUUCCACACGAACCUCUUCUCGCACAAGACAAUGGACCUAACCGCCCACCCCAAGGAGGUCAACAUGUCCUUCCUGGACCCGCUCAGCGGCUCCUGGGCCUCCAUCUCCGGCACCGCCUCCAUCAUCUCCGACCGCGACACAGUCAAGAAGUACUACUCGCCCGCCCUGCAGGCCUGGCUCGGCGACCUGGGCGAUGGCGUGCACGACGGUGGCCCCGAGGAUCCCCGCAUCGGCGUCAUCAAGCUCGAGGCGGUGACCGCCCACUAUGCGCUGGCUCGCAAGGGGAUGCUCACCCGCGCCGUCGAGACCGUCAAGAGCGUGGCCACCGGGAACGUGCCGGCUAUCAACAGCAUCCGCGAGCUGUCGCGGGCGGAGCUGGAGGAGUGGCGCCGUACGCACGCGAACGAGUAAAUUCUCGCUGUUCGUUAUUCGCUGAACCACGCAAGCCGUGGACGAGUGGAUUACCUAUGAUUUCAUGACCCUAAUGACACAUGUGCGAAGUAGCAUGUCACUAGUAUCAUAUUUGUAUUAAUUUGCGAAAUGAAAGAUACAUCCUCCAAUGGC